CAAAGUUGUACAGUUAAUUUUAACGAACGCAUCGUAUUUUUAUUUUAUAGUUUAAAGAAUAAUAUUAUUAAGAUUUAUCUAAUUUGGAACUGAUAGUAUCAAGCCAAUUGUAAUAUUAUUAAAACAUCUGGGCUCAAACUGAAGUCAGUGAUGUCUACUCAAAAAGAACCUGAAACAGAUCCUGCGAAGGUAGAGAGGACAGGAACUGUUCGCGAAGUUGGAAAUAAAGCAAUUUGGAGCUUAUCUUCUUGUAAACCUGGUUUUGGCGUUGAUCAAAUAAGAGAUGAUUGUAUUGACACAUAUUGGCAGUCUGAUGGACAGUUACCACAUCUUGUUAAUAUACAGUUUUUAAAGAAGACUUUAGUUUGUCACAUAUACAUAUACACUGAUUAUAAGCUUGAUGAGAGCUACACGCCUAGUCGCAUUUCUAUAAGAGCAGGAACACACUUCAAUGAUUUGCAAGAAGUUGAAAUUAUUGAAUUAUCAGAACCUACAGGUUAG